GGGGGACACGUUAAAACUCAGAACCGAUCAUGGCGACUGUCGGAGGCGGUCGUGGGGAUCGUCUCGGCAACUCCAGCCACCAAAAGUCUUCUUUAGCGUCCCCGGAGAAAGUCCGUGAACUCCUCAAUGAGGGACUGUCGUCGGCGGACAGCAGAGCCAAUAGUUCACAAGGGGAUUCGAAAGUUGGGGAGCCAAACAGCAUCACUCAAGCGCCUUGUGAGGCAACCAACAGAGAAGCCUUUUUCUCAAGAGUGGAAUCCUAUUCAUGUUUGCGAUGGGCAGGCAAGCCCCGCACGCUCUCUCCUCUGAGGUGUGCCAGGUAUGGCUGGAUCAACGUAGGCUGUGAUAUGCUCAAAUGCUCCAGCUGCCAGGCUUUCCUCUGUGCAUCUCUGCAACCAACUCUGGACUUUGAAAAAUAUGAAUCCCGCAUUGCAGAGAUAUCAAGGCAACUGCAGACACAGCAUGAGAAGUUUUGUCCUUGGCCAGACUUCCCAUGUCCAGAGCGGUUCUGCCUGGUGCCAGCCUCUGAGCCCUCAGUGCUGCUCGCUGCCUUCUUAGAGCGCUUCCAGAGCGCCUGUCUGCUCGAGCAGCAGCUGCCUGCCAUGAAGCCAGAGCAGCUCAAAUCCAUGUCUCUGACUGAGGAUGUUAUCAGUGUUCUGCUGCAGCUGAUCGAGGAAGAACAGAAAAAACAGGGUGGGACUCCAUCCUCUGAACCCUUGGCCGUCCAGGUUGCUGCAUGCAUUGUUUCUCUGUGUGGCUGGGCUGCUAGCCCGUCUAUGCACGCCAUGAACCUGCCCAUCCUCACCUGCUCCUACUGCAUGCGCAAGGUGGGCUUGUGGAACUUCCACCAGAUGGAGGGAACAGGAGCGGAGGCAGACACCUUUUCAGAUACUCUAAGUCCCUCUGCACAAACACCAGUUCCUGCCUCAGCGGCGCCACAAGAGAGUCAGGGGGACAGGUCCGCCUCCACCUCCCCCACCCCUCCCACAACCCCCUGCCGCAUGAAGCUGAGGAGCCAGGACAGUACCCGCUCCGAGCAGGGUGAAAGCACCUCAUCCCCCCUGGUGUUGCGUGCCCGCAACAGAGACUCUCCCAGCCCCAAUGAAGAGUUGCCGAGUCCCCUGACCAGAGGCAAGAGGCCUGGGACCCGGAGUCGAGUACAAGGGGACAAUACAGGGGGCGAUGGGACUGCCAGCCCGCAAAACACUCCCAAACGUCUGCGCCUGUCAUCAGCCAGUGGUCCUGAGGGACCUCUGCACAGGAAUGCGUUUGACCCACUCGCCCAGCAUAGAGACUGGUGUCCCUGGAUUAAUGUGGGGAAAGAGAACGCUGACCCAGGAGCCAUCCCCGUCCUGGAAGGAGACUCCACACUGUAUCAGCAGGGCUGGAAAGCCACUUUGGACCUCCUCAUCCCCUUGAAGAAGAACACCAAGACAGGGAAUGGAAGUCAAGCCCAGAACCCUAAUGCCAAGUCUAAAAGGGUGUUUGCUAUAUUUCGCCAGUGGCAGGUAUCCUCUCCAUCUCAGUAGACCGUCUCCACCCCGAGAGCAUUGCAACACUCUGAACUGACUUAUCCUCUUCUUUGUGGUACUGACUUUUGUAGAGCCACUGACAGGAGUGUCAUAUCAAUGUUUUUCUCCCAUCCUUUAAGUCGUGUUUACAGCCAAAAUGUAUUUGAAGGGAAGGCAGUUUGAUGAUGUGUGUAGUCAAAAAGGAUGAUUGUCUUCUCUGUGAACAAUGAAAUACACGAAGCUUGCCUAAGUGGCUUUGGAAAACAUGUUGAGUUCUGCUACAUGGAUGGAUAUUGAGGUGUGCAUCUACCAGGGAAUGUAUAGGCCUUGCAUCAUGUGGAUCAGUAGAGAGAUGUCACACACAGAAAACACAUCCGAGCAUAUGAAAUGAAGCCACAGACGAGGCAUCUACCAUUAACCUCACAUGAAGUCUGCUUGGGGAAUCCUUCACGAGAACAAGAUGGUUUGGAUUUCCGUGAAAUACAAAAGACAAUGAAUCCCUGAACAUGAGAAAGGGCCAAAUGGCUUGACACUGGAAAGGCAAUGUUUACCUUCAAUGUAUGUCGAGUCAUUCGAGGGAACGGUAAACAUUAACUUCAACUUAGCGGAAACUGAGGAAGUCCUUUUUGUGUGUGCUCUUGUUUUUUCUAGACUGCAUUUACACAUUUAACAACAGGUUGGACAACCUUUGAACUAAAUUGAUAAAAAAAAAAUAUAGCUACAAGUCCUUUUUAUAGUAAGAAAAAGAAGUCCUUUUGGAGUGGUGGUAUUUUUUGUUUUGUUUUGUUUUGUUUAUGCUAAUCUAGAUAUUGCAGGCAGGUAGAAUUUUUGUGCCAUGAAACUCUAAACGUGCUUUGGAUUAGGAUCAGGCUUUCAUUUUACCUCCCUGUGACUUCUCAUAGCUAAUGCAGUCCUUUCUAUUGUGCAUGUUCUUUUAUCCCCUUAGAAUAUCCUAAGGGCUUUUAAUAAAAAACACUUUUUUUGCUUUUUCACUCUGCAUUUUGUCCCCCUGCAUCAUUUUAAAUAUGAGAUAGAUAAUAAAAGAGAAAUCGGAAAUGUUCUCAAAAUGAUCCUAUUGUCGGUUAAAGUAUUUUCUGAGGUUUGAAAUAAACAGCCUGACUCUUGUCGCAAA